CAAAUGCAAAAAUUAGCAAGUAGCUAAAACAUCUAUUAGUAAUAGUUGCAGUAAAUACUAAUUACAAAGCGCGAGACUGGGAGUGAAAUGUUGUAAAUUUUUUGAGUUUGUUGACUAGUGGAGUAAAGUUCGUGGACAUAACGCUGACGACAAAAUGUUGCCAGCGAAGGAGAAUGUUGAUCUGGAGUGCUUUAUAGUCACUAAACAUGCAUGGAAAGGCAGAUAUAAACGGAUACUAAGCAUAGGCACGGGUGGCAUAUCCACAUAUAAUCCAGAUAGAUUUGAUUUAACAAAUCGCUGGUCGUACUCGGAUAUUGUGGCUUCCACACCCUCCAAAUCCACAAAUAUACCCAAUGAGUUUGUGCUCACCAUAAAGAAAGACAAGAAAUUGGAUACGAUCAAGCUUUCAUCGGAAUAUCGCAACGACAUACUCAGCUCCAUAUUGAAAUACUAUAGGGAGUUUGCCGACAAGCCCAAGAAUGCGUUGCGCUUCAAUGCCUACAAAUACCACUGGUCCGGUAUUAGCUUGCCAACUGUGCUGGAGGUGACACCAUGCUCCUUGGAUCAGUUAGAUCCGACCACAAACGAUGUGCUCACAAGCUAUAUGUAUAAGGAUAUUGAAGGAAUAAUAGCAGGCAUCUCGGACUACGAAAAUGGCAUUGUGAUGGCCUAUGGGGGCUUUAGUCGCCUGCAUAUGUUCAAGGCGCUCAAUCAUCAUGAAAUUGUACAGAAUAUAGCCCAGCGUUGCUCACAGUUUCUCGGCAUCGAAAUUAAAAUACUCAAGAGCCAGAUAACACGCGAACAAUUCGAGCGACAGCGCUUUGGAAAAUACAGCGAUGAUCAGUUCCAAACUUCAAUGACCGAGUUUACAGUACAAAAGAUAACACCGCGUCAUCCGGAUCCAGUAAAGCGCAUACUCUGCCUCACUGAGCUUACGCUUCUGGAGCGUGAUCCACAAACCUAUAGCGUCUGCACACUGCGUCCACUCACAGAUGUAUUCGCUUUGGUGCGUGACAAGGACAAUCUGCAGCGCUUUUGUAUUGAAUACAAAAAUGGCAUUGUGCGCAACUAUAGCACCAAUGAUCGUGACUCGUUGCUGGCCACGAUGCUGGAUGCCGUGCGCUCCAGUGGUAACCAGGAUGUGCACAUACGCAUUGGCAACACGCCGCGUGGCAAGCGCUAUGUGCCGCUUAAUAGCUCAGUGGACGAGGAAACCGAAGCAAGCUUGCUGCGUCUCGUUAUUAAUAAUUUUCAAAAUCCAAGCAGACGACAUGAAAUUUUAGAGCGCUUCAAUGCCAAUGUGCCACACAGCGGGCUAAACUACAGCGUAACGCAAGAUAGUCUGUUUGCGGAGAACAAAGAGAAACUAAUCUUAAGUGCGCUGCAGUCCUUGGCGCAAAAAGAGCUCGAUAGUCCCACAGCGCAAUUGAGUAACAUUGAGUUGGAGGCCAUCUUCCAUGCAUUAACGCGUUUGUUGGCCAGUAAAGUGGGCUAUGCAGCUUUCACCAAUUUGCCAGGUUUUCGUGAAAUAAUUGGCACGAAAAUUGUAGCUGCGCUGCGUCGCAAGGAUUUGGCUGUCACAUACUCGGCCAUUGACAUGAUCAACUCGUUGAUGCAUUCGGUCAACACUGAUCAUGACCUUAAGCAGGAGCAGCUAAACAAAUCUUCCAUACUGUCAUCCAAGUCAUUUCUUGAAACGUUGCUCAACAUGUGGACCAUGCAUGUGAGCCAUGGCAGCGGGGCUUUGGUGUUGUCCGCCAUGCUGGACUUUAUGACAUUUGCGUUAUGUGUGCCUUACAGCGAAACCACCGAUGGCAAGCAGUUUGAUAUACUCCUGGAGCUCGUUGCCGAGCGCGGACGUUAUCUUUACAAACUCUUCCAGCAUCCUUCGCUGGCCAUUGUCAAGGGUGCCGGCUUGGUGCUUCGCGCCAUUAUAGAGGAGGGUGAACUGCAUGUGGCGCAACAAAUGCAGGCUUUGGCCCUGGAUGAGGCAGCGCUCUGUCGUCAUUUGCUAGUGGCGCUUUACACGCCCUCGAAUGAUCCCACGCUCAUAACGCAUCGUCAGCUGUCGCGUCACUUGAUAGGACUGUGGCUAACCGACAGCGAGGAGGCCAUGGAGCUCUUCAAACGUAUUUUUCCCGCUGGCUUGCUGACAUUCUUGGAGUCGGAGGAGAAUGUGCCUGAUACGGAUGUGGAGGAGGAUAAAUUGAAUUUCCGUGAUAACCUCAAGUUCGCAAUACAACAUUCCAAAAGAACCCGCAAAAAUGUGAUAGAAAAGCAUUUGCAAGGCAUUAAGCACUGGGGCAUGAAUCUUAUUGAGCAGCAGGAUGGCGCUGCACAGGCGCUCAAGAAUCGUCCCGUUGUGCUGCGAAAUCGUCGCCAAAAGAAAAAGACUUCAGAAGCAAUUGUGAAUUUACCAUAUUUCUUUUAUAAUUUUGCCAAAGAUCAUAGUUUGCCCAAUUUGAUCUGGAAUCACAAGACGCGUGAAGAGCUGCGCAUGUGCUUGGAGAAUGAGCUGCGACAAUUUCUUAACGAUCGUGACUUGGCUGGCCAGAUGAUUGUGGCCUGGAAUUAUCAGGAAUUUGAAGUAGGCUAUCAGUGUUUGGCUGAGGAAAUCAAAAUUGGGGAUUAUUAUAUACGCCUCAUACUGGAAAAGGAUGACUGGCCGCAAAACUUGGUCAAAGAUCCCAUUGAACUUUUUAAUGCUUUAUAUCGACGCGUGCUGUGCCGCCAGCGUGUAAAUGAUGAUCAGAUGACUGUGUUCUCGCUGCAAGCCUUGGCCAAGGUCUACCGGCGCUACCACAAGGAGAUUGGCAAAUUCAGCGACAUGUCCUAUAUAUUACAGCUCAGUGAUCGCUGUCUUUCGCCGUCCAUGCGCGAUGCCUUAAUUAAUCUCAUAUCCUGUCUGGUGCUGGAAAAAGCAAAUUGCCGCGCCUUGAUCGAUCAUGUGCAGUGUCUGGUGGAUCUUAUAACGCUGGCGCAUCUGCACAAGGGACGCGCACAGCUUAAUACCAAAACCAAUGUGAUUGAAGCUGGUCCCAAUAUGGCUGCCUAUGAGGAGAAGGACUGGUACUACAACAUAGAGAAGGAGGGACAAAAGGCGGAGCGUCAAGGUCCCAUAACCUACUCCGAGCUGAAAGAGCUUUGGCAGAAGGGACAAAUUACGCCCAAGACACGUUGCUGGGCUAUAGGCAUGGACGGUUGGCGUUCGCUGCAGCAGAUACCCCAAUUGAAGUGGUGCCUCAUAGCCAAGGGCACGCCACUAUACGACGAAACCGAGUUGUCGUGCAAAAUACUCGACAUACUGAUCAAGUGCACCAGCUUCUUUCCCAGUCGCACUCAGAAUGGCGUUGCUGUGCUCAUUCCUGGGCCCAAGCUGUCGCGCAAGUUGUCAGAGUUCAUAUGCCUGCCGCAUGUGGUGCAGGUGUGUCUGACGCAUGAUCCUGGUUUGCUUGAACGCGUCGCCACGCUGCUCUGCCAGAUAAUGGAGGACAAUCCGGAAAUGCCCAAGGUCUAUAUGACGGGUGUCUUCUACUUUAUGCUCAUGUACACGGGCAGCAAUAUUUUGCCCAUAACACGCUUCUUGAAGAUGACGCACAUGAAGCAGGGUUUCCGCAGCGAGGAGACUUCCCAGUCGGGCAUUAUGCAUCGCAGUAUUUUGGGACAGCUGCUGCCUGAGGCUAUGGUCUGCUUUUUGGAAAAUUACAGCGCUGAAAAGUUUGCAGAAAUAUUUCUGGGUGAAUUCGAUACGCCGGAGGUUAUCUGGAGCUCUGAAAUGCGUCGCCUGCUGAUUGAGAAAAUUGCGGCGCAUAUUGCAGACUUUACGCCGCGUCUGCGUGGCCAUACUAUGGCCAGAUAUCCAUAUCUAGCCAUACCGGUCAUCAGCUAUCCACAGCUAGAGCAUGAACUCUUCUGUCACAUUUACUACCUGCGCCAUUUGUGCGACACACAAAAGUUUCCCAAUUGGCCCAUUGCUGAUCCUGUGCAGCUGCUCAAGCAUACGCUGGAUGCCUGGCGCAAGGAGGUGGAAAAGAAGCCGCCACAAAUGACCAUACAGCAGGCCUAUCAAGAUCUUGGCAUCGAUUUAACUAAAACACCCAAACCCGAUGAGUCCAUGAUACGCAAGAGCUACUAUAAGCUGGCGCAAAUGUAUCAUCCGGACAAGAAUCCCAAUGGACGCGAGAUCUUCGAGAAGGUCAAUCAGGCCUACGAAUUUUUGUGUUCACGCAGUGUCUGGAGCUCUGGCGGACCGGAUCCAAACAAUAUUGUCUUGAUAUUGCGCACGCAGAGCAUUCUCUUUGAACGUUAUCCAGACGUGCUGCGUCCUUAUAAAUAUGCUGGCUAUCCGCAGUUGAUAAAAACUAUACGCUUGGAAACACGAGACGAUGAGCUGUUCUCCAAGGAGGCUCAGCUGUUGACUGCUGCCUCAGAGCUGUGCUAUCAUACGGUGCAUUGUUCGGCCUUAAAUGCGGAGGAGCUGCGUCGCGAGGAGGGCAUAGAGGCGCUGCUGGAGGCCUACACACGUUGCGUGUCCAUAUUGGGCGUCGACUCCAAGCCAGACUCACUGCACUAUCAGGUUAUAUCGAAUGUGACGCGCUGCUUUGAGGUCGCUUGCAAUUUUGAAAAGUGCAAACAAAAGAUUAUACAAUUGCCCCAGUUGCUCUCCGAUGUUUGUCGCGUGGUUUACUUCAAGCAUACGCUAUCGGUCAGCCUGGUGACCAGUUUGGCUGCCAACAACUAUGACUUGCAGUGCAAUCUGUCGCGCAAUGGCGUGCUCUGGUCGCUGUUGCUGUUCAUCUUUGAGUACGAUUACACGCUGGAUGAGAGUGGCGUAGAGGUGAGCGAUAAGUCAAAUCAACAGCAGUUGGCCAACAACUUGGCCAAAAUGGCUGUGCUGGGCUGCAUAUCCUUGGCAGGCUACAGCAUGGAGCUGCGGAAUAAACCCAUAACGGGCAGUGAAAAUAAUUCGCCCUCCAGCAGCACCGCUAAAGCAGCGCCCCCGCUUAAGCCCAAGCCUACGCAGGUGGUGCCCAAUACGGCGUAUACGCAAAAUGCGCACAAUCCGCUGCAGAGCAAACAGCUGGCCAUUACCACGGGCAAGGAGCCUGCCGUGCUUACCAAACAGGACUCUAGUGUUAGCAGCGAUACCUCCAGCUCCACGCCCACCGACAGCGAGCAGCAGCAGCUACAGCAGCGCCUCAAUGCCAUACAACAAAAGUAUAUUGUCACCGGCGAGGCGAAGAACAUGCUCAUCAAGCAGGUGCUGGAUCGUUUACUCACAGGCUAUAUAGCCAACCAGUUGGCCACGGCGCGUGACUCCGAAGUGCUUAAGCUGCUGACGGCGAAUACACGCAACCCUUACCUAAUCUGGGAUAAUGGCACGCGCGCUCAACUGAAAGACUUUCUGGAGCAGCAGCGCACCGCUUCCGCCAAGGAAACGCAUGAGGAUAUAGCACAAGUCUAUGAGCUGGUGGCCAAUUUCGAGUUUGAUGCACACAAAGACGAGCUGCAAAUUGGCGGCAUAUUCAUACGAAUCUACAACGAUAUGCCCACGCAUGCCAUAGCGCAACCCAAGCAGUUUAUAAUGGAUCUGUUGGAGUACUUAAAGCAUGCCUAUCAAUAUCUGCAGCUCAAGCAAGGCAAAUCAAUUGCGGCAGCGCCCAAAAUGAACGCCGAUGGCAUACUAACGCCCACUCUGGCGCCUAAUCAUCCAAAGCUGCAGCAACAGCAGCAGCAGCAGCAACAGCAACAACAACAGCGUGGCAGCACCUUUGAUGAAGUACUCAACGCCUACAAUCGCUCCAAAAGCCGCAAGAAGCUCGAGACAGACGCACAGGCAGAGCAGCAGCAGUCUGUGCAGCAGAGUCAAUAUGACUUCUCCAGCGAUAAGCAGAUCGAGCAGCAUAUUACUAUGGUGCUGCGUGCGCUGAUAGCGGUUAUCAAAGCCAACGCCGAGGUCGAGAUACAAUGCAUUGGCAAUUUCGAUAUGAUAUUUGGUUUUCUGGCGAACAAUAUUUUCCCAGAUAACUCCAGUGUUAAGGCUGUGGCCUUGGAAGUGGUCGCGUUGGUGUCACGCAAUAAGGAGUGCGUCUCAGAGGUUGCUGCCUGUGAGAUUUUGGGCAACUAUCUGGUGGCACUGAAGGAUCCGGAGCUGCGUGCGAGUCAAGUCAAAGUGCUAGAGACGCUGUCCGGUCUAAUGAACGUGCAGGAGAUGAUCAAGGAGGCGCAGGCGAAGGGCGCUGCCAUCUAUUUGCUGGAUAUGUUCUGUAAUUCACGCAAUCCUCAAAUUCGAGAAAUGUGUGCUGAAAUUUUAGCCAAGAUGACAGCGGAUCGUCUUAGUGGGCCCAAGGUGCGCAUUAGUGUUUCAAAGUUUCUGCCUGCACUGUUUAUAGAUGCCAUGAUCGAGUCGCCAGCCACGUCGGUACAGCUGUUUGAGUCUAUACAUGAGCAUCCGGAGCUUAUCUGGAAUGAUUCUACGCGCUCGAAUGUCUGCGACGCGGUAGCGGACACUUGCAAUCGGUUCUAUCAGCAGCAGAAGUCAAAUCCCAAGUAUAUUUGGAAGGAUCCAGAAAUUCUCAAGGAUAUUGUGUCCAAUGAGAUUAUCGUCGCCGGCGUUUACUUGCGUCUGUUCGUCAGCAAUCCGGCAUGGACAUUGCGCAAGCCCAAACAAUUUCUUUCUGAUCUAUUGGACUUCGUAGUGGAGCAGAUCAGCAAAAGCUCAACGGAGCAGGAUGUGUUGGAUCUAUCAACGACAGCAUUGGUGGAGCUACUGCGCUCACAGCCAAAUCUGGCAGAUGAUAUACCCGUUCUAGGGCACAUACCCAAGCUUUUCAAUCUUUUGUCGGUGCAACCAAAGAACACACUCUCAGUAUUACAUCAACUAUCGCUGUCAGAGUUCUGUGUGAGCGCCAUUGCGCAAACGGAGUGUGUGGCGCCACUCAAGAAAUGCAUGGAACAAAAUCGCGAGUGCAUAGAAAAGUCUUGCGAAACGCUGAGUCGGCUAUUUAAGCAGCAACACGACUCGCUUAUUAGUCAAUCGCUAGAAGUUGGACUUAUACCCUAUCUGUUGGGAUUACUGGACAGUCGUUUGGAAUUUGUUGACAGUCCAUCCGCAGUUAAAGCACAAAUUGUCGCUGCGCUCAAAGGCAUGACACAUAAUCUCAACUAUGGUGAUCGUGUCACUCAAAUAUUGCUCAAGCAUCCAGUGUGGGCAGAGUUCAAGGAUCAACGACACGAUCUCUUUAUUGCAGACACCAAUAUACGUGGCUAUCUUACGGGUAUCAAUCCAACAGCGGGCUAUUUGACCGCUGGACCAGCGCAAAGCGUUGAAGUGCUGACCUCACCGCCGCCCAUUGAUCGCGACGAUCCUUCAGCACGUCCUCCUGUUGAUUAGCGGGUCCUUAUUUACCAGCAAUACCAUAAAGCUAAAAUUAAACUUACCCAUGAUUUUUGCGCAUAGGAUGCCUGCAAUUGCCAGAGGAGUUUCGACAUGGACGUGUACUGAUUUCCUUUAUUGUAUUAAACAUUUUUGCAUAUUUUUACAAAGCCGUCGAGCUACGUAUAUAUAAUUAACAAACUGUAACAAAGUCUACGAAACGUUUAAAUUUUUUAUAUUUAUAUAAAUUGUAUAAAUAAUUAGUAAAUAGCCAUACACACACACACAUACACCUAUAUACACAUCAGCAAGAGCAUGCAUAAAGUGAUUAUACAUAUGUAUUAUGAAUAACAAGUGAACUCAUUAAAAAUGAAAUUA